GUUGUAACGCCUUUUCUUUAUAUCAACUAAAAUGCAGGAUUCAAUUCAACUUUGCGCCAGGGCAAUGUUACUCACCACGAAUACCUCCAGGUUGGCAAGGGAAGAAAUGUUGGACUCAAUCAGAUUGCUUUGUUUGAGGGGAAAGUUGCAGGUGGUAACGGGGAACAAGUCCUUAGUAGAGAUGUCUACAGGCUUGGUCAGCUUUUUGAUUUCUUCAGAAUGCUAUCGUUCUACUUCACAACUGUGGGAUACUACUUUUGCACCAUGGUACACUGUUCUUUCCAAUGGAAUGCAUGUAGGGAGCGGCUAAAUACACCCCAUUAGUUUCUAAAUACACCCAACUGUGGGAUACUACUUUUGCACCAUGGUACACUGUUCUUUCCAAUGGAAUACAUGUAGGGAGCGGCUAAAUACACCCCAUUAGUUUCUAAAUACACCCAACUCCUGCUCAAACUUGCAGAACACAACGAAAGCACUUGACCAACGCUAGCUUAGCAUCUGUUUGGCAAGUGUUAUUUGGACACUCCUCAUUGACUUUCAACUUCAGUGAUUACCAGAACACUCAUCAUUGUGUUAGGCUGUUAGCAGAGUGUUGGUC